AUGUCGAGCUUGGCGCGGAGAAGACGCACAGCGGUGCUUGGUUCGAAGCGAUGGUGGCAAGGCGGUUGCUGGGCCACCAGGAGCCACCAGGAAGCAUACUUGCGCAAGCUCUACGGCAGAAAGAAUAAUCAAGAUGCCAGGAAUAGUGGUAGCCAAAACGACGAGGAUGUCGCAGCGCGUACCGUCGGUAUCGAUGCACCUUGGGCGACGCCCGGUGUUUAUGAUCUUCCAUCUAUUACCGACUCCGAGCAUCACUACCUGGACGCAUUUCUGAGAAAUCGCGAAGACGGCGCGAAUGGUAACAACGACGAUGUCGACGAUGUUGUCGCUGUGGUGGUUGGGUGUCCGGCGUUGGCGACGUCGCGCGCGAGUCCGACGGAAAAGUGCGUGGAGUUCCUGAAGGGCGCUCAUCACGACGACGGAACCAAUUUCGGUCGCCGUGCUGCGGUAGACGCGGAAUGCGGCCGCGUAGCCGAUUGCGGUUCGAUGCAUUCGAGUUACGAUGCGGCCACUGGUUGUUCCGAGAAAGUGUGCAGGAGCUGCAGGUGCCCGCGAGAGGAGCACCAGCGGACCUCGACAGAGGCGGGCGGUCCUUCGGGACUCGGCUUGGGUCCAGGUCCGCCGAUGGCGAUGGCCAUGGCCUUUCCGAGCGGCGCCGAGGGCGCGCCUCACCAGGAGCCGUUCAAGAGUCCAGUGCAAGCUGCGCCGGCCGGUCUGGCGCUGCAGGAGGCUCUGAUGCAGCAUCACCAGAGGCACUCGCAAAGCGACGACGACAGUGGUUGUGCGCUCGAGGAGUACACGUGGGUGCCACCCGGACUGAGGCCCGAUCAGGUGCAUCUGUACUUCAGCGCGCUGCCGGAGGACAAGAUCCCGUACGCGGGUAGCGCCGGCGAGCGGGAGCGGGUGAAGCAAUUGCUGCAACAGCUACCGCCGCACGACAAUGAGGCGCGUUACUGCAGCGGCCUGACCGAGGAGGAGAAGCGCGAGCUGCGGGUAUUUGCGGCUCAGCGGAAACGCGAGGCUCUCGGUCGCGGGCACGCGAGUCAGCUUGAACGGCCGCAUGGAGCCGGAUGCCGCGAGUGCGGCCGCGCGAUUGCGGCCGGCGAGAUGAUGGCCGUCGCGGCAAGCCGCGCGGGCCCGGCUGCUCUCUGGCAUCCCGCCUGCUUCGUCUGCUGCGUGUGUCGUCAGCUGCUAGUGGAUCUAAUCUACUUCUGGCGGGACGGCAGGCUCUACUGCGGCCGUCACCACGCCGAGACUCUCAAACCCCGCUGCUGCGCUUGCGACGAGAUCAUCCUCGCUGAUGAAUGCACUGAGGCCGAGGGUAGAGCGUGGCAUAUGCGCCAUUUUGCUUGUCUCGAGUGCGACCGGCAGCUUGGCGGCCAGCGGUAUGUGAUGCGGGAGGGCCGGCCGUACUGUCUCAGGUGCUUCGAUGCUUCCUUCGCUGAGUAUUGUGACAGUUGCGGCGAGCCGAUCGGCGUCGACCAGGGUCAAAUGUCACACGAAGGUCAGCACUGGCACGCGACCGAGGCUUGCUUCUGCUGCGCCACUUGCCGCACUUCUCUCCUAGGCCGGCCGUUCUUGCCGCGACGUGGUGCCAUUUACUGCAGCAUAGCGUGCAGCAAAGGGGAACCACCGACGACACCGAGUGACUCCUCCGCCGGGCCGCCCCCGCCCUCGUUGUCCUUCCUCAGGCUGAUGCAAGCGCGGGAUCGGGAGCCUUUGAGAUGCAUCCAGAAUUGCACACCUACUCACGCAUCAAGUAUGCCAGAACUGCCACCACCUCCGCGGCCAUCGUCGGGAGCAUCGGCAUCAAUAUCAACAUCGACCGCCGGCGCAACGUCCGCCGGCGUACUGUCGCAAGAGCCGGCGACGUCACCGGCCAAUCCCGGGAUUGGAGCCAGCCAGACGGAUCCGCCGACGCCAACGUCGAGACGCGUGCGAUUCCAAGGGGAUCUAGAUGUCAACGAUCACAGCGCGACAUCGCGCAUCCCUCUCUCGCCAACAAACGAUCGGAAUUCGUCAUCAUCGCCCUCGCCCACGUCGCUGUCGAGAGCAAACGUGUCACGAUCAAGAAGUCUGCAGCCCGAGGAAGUCGCUAGCACGUCUUGGGGAAUGGCAAGCACGUCUAGGUCGAGAAUGGACGGCGAGGAUGACGACGCCGAGAGCUGUUGCUCGACGUGCAGCUCAUCCAGUAGCUCGGACGAGGCCGCGGCUUACGCACUACCACCACGACGAGCCUACGGCGGCGUCCGGAUUUCUUACGUGCCAAACGACGCAGUAGCGUGCGCGCGAAAACGCGCGCCCGCUUCCUCGUCGUCAUCGAAUCAAGCUCAGAGAGACACCGAAAAAUGCAUCAUAUCUUGAUAACUCCUUCGGUACUCUAUGAGUUUUGACCUCGUCGUUAUGAUAAUUAGGAGGACUACAAACAUACGACGUUCGAGAAAGAGUUCCUACGAAGUGGAUGCACUUUUCGAUAUCUUUCAAAGCGUUGUCGACGCCUGCAGCAUCGCAGCACGUCUUACACGCAUGCCAAACAUAUGGUCGUGUACGACAAAUUGAAAAUAAUACUCAUUUCAUUUCUGUAAAUAUUGUAAGCUCUCUUCCGGGGCACGCGAUCGUUAGCGAGCCGCCACAAUCCAAUGAUCGCAUCCCUUUAUUUUUAAUACCCUAUUAAUGUAUUUGAUAAUAAUAAUAAUGAUAAUGAUAAUAA